CCCACAUUUAGCCCGCCAUCGCGGUGCCAACGCAUUUCACAGCGCAGUUCAUUUAUCUUUUGACCGUGCGCUUCGCACCUGCCAAGAAGUCCAGCGACUACUAGCCACCUCGCCGCCAUGCCCAAGAGCCCGAAAGCCAAGAGCCCCACGAACGCGACCGCGACCGCGGCGGCGAGUCCCAAGGCCGGUAACGGUGGCAAUGUCACCGAGGCGCUCAAGCAAGCCUUUGCGACGGCGCCCGAAAACCUCGACGUCGCGGCCGUCAAGGUCGCCGACGUCAUUGCCGGCGCCAAGGACGCCAACCUCGGCGCUGUCACGGACCAGCUCAACGCCGCGCUCGUCGACGCCGAUGCCGGCACACGCCAGAGCGCGUGUCACAUUGUGACGGCGCUCGCCAAGAAGAAGCUCGCGCGUCUCGAGCCAUACCUCUCGCCGCUCCUCGGCAACGUCCUCGACGGCUACGCCGACAAGAAGAUCCAAGUGCGGGGUCCGGCGGCCGAGGCCGCCAAGGCCAUUGUCGACUCGGUCAACCACAAUGCGAUCCGCGUGCUGUUGCCACACAUCUUUGGCGGCAUGGACCGUACGAAGAAGUGGCAGACGAAAGAAGGCGCGCUCAACUUGCUCGCGGAGCUCGCCGACGUGGCGUCUGUCCAGGUCUCGCGCUGCCUCCCCGACAUCAUCCCGAACGCCACCGAGCAAAUGUGGGACACGCGCCCCGAAGUCAAGAAGGCCGCCCACGCCGUCAUGAUCAAGGCGUGCAGCACGGCUUCGAACGCCGACAUUGAGCCGUUCAUUCCCGCGCUCAUCUCGUGCAUUGCCAACCCGGCCGAGGUCUCCGAGUGCGUGCACAAGCUCGCGUCGACGACGUUUGUCAAGACGGUCGAGGCGCCGGCGCUCGCCAUCAUGGAGCCGCUCCUCGUCCGUGGUCUGAACGAGAACAAGACGUCGGUCAAGCGCCAGACUGCUGUCAUCAUCGACAACAUGUGCAAGCUCGUCGAAGAGCCUGCGGAAGCACUCCUCUUUACGCCGAAAGUCCUUCCGACGCUCAAGCGCAUCAUCGAAGCUGUCGCCGACCCCGAGUGCCGCGACGUGUGCACACGUGCGCACGAGACGCUCUUCAUGGCCGCCGGGUCGGUCGAGCUCUCGGAAGACGAGACCAAGAUCGAGUUCGACUCGAUUCUGCAGACGCUCAAGUUCAUUUUGGAGAAGGACGCCAAGGCCAAGAAGGCCAAGAUCGACGACGCGACGCUCAACUUUGUCGCGGGCUGCGGCUUGUACCUCACGGUAGCGCGCAACUUCAAGCCCGAGGAGUGGUCCAACUCGGUCAAGCCGUACCUGAGCGCAUUCUUGGCCGAAGGCGACAUUCCCGCCAUCACCAAGGGCUUCCGCGAAAAGUGCUACAAGGACAACAAGGUCAAGGUCGCCGAAGACGUCGUCCAGGAAGACGAGGGCGAAGACCUCUGCGACUGCGAGUUCUCGCUCGCGUACGGCGGCAUGAUCCUCCUCAACAACGCGCGUCUCAACUUGAAGAAGGGCCACCGGUACGGUCUCUGCGGUCGCAACGGUUGCGGCAAGUCGACGCUCAUGCGUGCGAUCGCCAACGGCCAGCUCGAGGGCUUCCCGUCGAAGGACGAGCUCAAGACGGUGUACGUCGAGCACAACUUGCAGGCGGAAGAGGCUGAGCUCUCGGUCGUCGACUUUGUGUUGAACGAUCCGGAUUUCAAGGACAUGGCUCGGAAGGAGGUCACGGAUACUCUUUCUUCGGUCGGGUUUACGGACGCGAUGCAGGCGCAGGCCGUCGGGUCGCUCUCGGGUGGCUGGAAGAUGAAGCUCGAACUCGCUCGCGCGAUGCUUCAGAAGGCCGACAUUCUGCUGCUUGACGAGCCGACCAACCACUUGGACGUCGCCAACGUGGCCUGGCUUGAAAAGUACCUCACGUCCAUGACGACGAUCACGUCGCUCAUUGUGUCGCACGACUCGGGCUUCCUCGACAACGUCUGCACCAACAUCAUUCACUACGAGAAGAACCGCAAGCUCAAGACGUACGUCGGCAACAUGUCGGAGUUUGUCAAGAUCCGCCCGGAAGCCAAGGCGUACUACGACCUCGACGCGGCCACCCACGCGUUCCACCACAUUGAGCAGCACUUGGACAUCUCGGCCAACCAGUACAUCCAGUGGCGCUUCCAGUCCGGCGAGGACAAGGAGCUCAUGGCCAAGGAGACGCGCAAGCUGACCCCGGAAGAGAAGGAGCUCCUCUCCAAGCCCGUCAACUGGGAGGGCGAGAAGCGCGUCUUCGAGUCGAUCGAGAACCGCCGCAAGCUCAAGAAGUCGUUCGAGUACGAAGUCAAGUGGAUGAAGCUCCCCGAUACGGAGAACUCGUGGAUCCCGCGUGAGAAGCUCGAGAAGUGGGGCUUCGACAAGAUUCUCCAGAUCGCCGACGAUCGCGAAGCCGCCCGCGCCAACAUGCAGGCGCGUCCCGUCACGGCCAUCGCGGUGCAGAAGCACCUCGACAACUUUGGUUUGGCGGCCGACUUUGGUACGCACUCGCGCAUGCGCGGUCUCUCGGGCGGUCAGAAGGUCAAGGUCGUCUUGGCGGCGGCCAUGUGGCUCAACCCGCACAUUCUUGUGCUUGAUGAGCCGACCAACUUUUUGGAUCGCGACUCGCUCGGUGCGCUUGCGGGUGCCAUCAAGGAGUUUGGCGGCGGUGUCGUCUUGAUCUCGCACCACCGCGAGUUCACGGACGCCUUGGCGAUCGAGACGUGGAACGUGGUCGCUGGUCAGCUCUCGAUCGAAGGCCAAGUCCCGGAAGACAAGACCAAGAUCGAGCAGAUUGACGCCGAGGAGUCGGUCGACGCCUUCGGUAACAAGGUCGUCACCAAGGUCAAGCGAAAGCUCACCCGCAAGGAGCUCAAGGUCAAGCUCAAGGCCAAGCGCGAUGCCGAGAAGCGCGGCGAGUUCUACUCAGACUCGGACCUUGACGGGUACGAAGAGUAA